AGAGGCGCUUGGGCGAGGAAGAGAGCGGGCAGCAGGAGCGCACGAGAGGCGCACGGCGACCAGGCGCUCCGCCGGAGAAGCGAGCCAGCCACCCCGGGAGGGCAGGGAGCGAAGGAAGGACCUCGCCGCCUUUCCGGCGCCCCACGAGGAGGCAGCCAGGCGCCGCCGCCGCCGCCGCCGCCGCCGCACCAGAUUCAGCAGCAGCAGCAGCAGCAGCAGCAGCAAGAGGUUCGAGGCAUUCCUCCCGAGCUGAGCCUUGGAGACCGGUCGAGCCGAGGCUGCUGCAGCGAAACCUCCCUCGCUCGCUCGCUCCCUUCUUCCCGCAGAAGAGCACGUUGCGAGGCGGCGGCAAGAAGGAGGCGAGCACCCUGCGCGCACCCAGCCAGGCGACUUCUCCGCCCCCCGCAGUCCCGUCCCCCCCGACUCCCGGGAUCCUGAAGCUCCUGGAGAAAGAGAUCAGGCUGGCGACGGCGGGGCGACGCGUUUGACUUUUGCCAAUUGGCUGAGUUUAAAAACAAACCCCAACCCCCGCCAAGGAGAGGCAACUCUUUCCGAUCCUCGCGCUCUCUCGGCUCCCGGACUCGCCGCCCAUCGGAGUUGCAUCGGGGCGAUCUCCUCGGAGGCUUUUUUGAGUUUCGUCCUUUGGGCGAGUCGCUUGUGUUUCGCCCCCACCCGCGGCUGGGAUUUUAUUGGGUGCCUGCGGUUUGGAGUGGCGCGGAGGAUGACCUCGGAGAUAGGUUCGGGGGCAGCUGGAUCCUCCUAAGGAAGCGCGGAAAGUUUCUGUUCUCUGCCCUCCGCGGUCUAGCAAGAUCCCCGCUCCCCCCCACUGCGCUUGGACACGCUGCACCUUCUCGAAGAAAAGACGUCGAAAAUGAAGAAAAGUUCUCCUGGGGCCAUUUGGCAGUUUCCUUGGGGAUCUGCGGCUGUUUGAGGAGAUAAUAACAAUAACCGCGAAAAGAAGAAAUUGACUGCACUUCCAAGGGGCGGGGGAGAACAGGAAAAAGUGGGAAGCCCCCCACCCCACCAAAAAAUUGGCCCCAUUUUCUUGUGACUCUCCCUCUUUUUGUAAAAACCCUCUCCUCCAGCCCCCACCUCCACCUCCCACCCCUUUGCUACGCCCGCUCUCCCCCCCCCACCCCUUUUCCACAGUUCCCCAUCUAUAAAAGAGGGUUUUAUUCCUGGGCUCCAGUCUCACGCCAAACCCUGUCAUACCGUCUAGACAUGUUGUCGUGGGUCUAAGUCCAGCUGUCACCAUGGGGAUGGAGGCCGGUCCGCUGUGAAUUUUUUGGAGAGAGAGAGGAGAGAAGGAGAAGGAGAAGGAGAAGCAGGGGGGUUGGAACGGCCAAGAGCCAGAAAGAAUUGGGUUGCCCUUUGGGGAGGCUGCUUCGCAAGGAGGGGGCGGCCGCUUCCCGCCCACCCUGAUUCUCCUUUUCCUGCCACCCCAUUUUCUCUCCCCCCCCACCUCUCCCCGCUCACCAUGCUUGAUUAGUAGCAGGGAGGGAGUGCCAAGGGGGACCUUACAUGCGUCUGUCAUCUAACCCCUUGGCGAUCUAUUUAAAGCCAGAGGCCUUGCUGGACUUUGUCUCAGCCUAUUUAUGAACCCCUUGGACUUGGCAAGUGGGGCCGUGGAGUAUUAACAAUCGGCGAAAGGGGGCAGGCAAGGAAGAAGCAAGUCCACGGUAGUGCCUGGGUGCUCUCUGGGGCUGGUGGUGGGGACCCCCUGUCUUACACUGCGCCCUUGGACUGGGCUGGGCUGGGCUGAGGAGAGCAUGACGGCCCCCCAAGCUCUCCUGCUCUGCUCUUGCUUAGCACUGCUGCUCCAGCCAGGCUCCUGCCAGCCCUACCUACGGCUCCGGCCCUCGCCCAGCGACAGCCUGCCCGUCAAGGACAUCAUCGAGCAUCCCGACCCGGAGUAUGACCCCAAGGAGCAAGACCUGGACGAGCGGACUUUGAGGAAGAAGCUGGGCAGCAACUUUGACCCCAGUUUCAUGUCCGUGGUGGCCCCAGCCCAGGCCAACAACCUGUCUGCUUCGGAUGCCCUGCACCGGUUCAAAGGCCUUGGCCCACUGCCCAACGAGCUGAAGAAGCUGGACCUGGGCGAGACUCCCUAUGGGACCAGGCUCAAGAUGGGCAAGAAAGCCCGCCGGAAGUUUCUGCAGUGGCUUUGGGCGUACACCUAUUGCCCAGUGCUGUACACUUGGAAGGAUCUGGGACUGAGGUUCUGGCCUCGCUACAUCAAGGAAGGGAACUGCUUUGCGGAGAAGUCCUGCUCCUUCCCUGAGGGCAUGUACUGUAAGCCAGUCAAGUCAGUCACCAAGACUUUCCUGAGAUGGUACUGCCAAGGGUGGUCGAGGCAGAAAUAUUGUACCUGGAUCCCUGUCCAGUACCCUGUGAUUUCAGAAUGCAAAUGCUCCUGCUAGCCUCAGCUUUGGGGUGUCCUGCUGGAUCUAAGAGACCUCAUUGCUCCUGUGUGUGUGUAUAUAUAUAUAUGCGUGUUGUGUGUGGAUCAGCUCUAGGAGAACUGCCUUUCAGAACAACCCCAGUCCCUUGAGAUGGGGUGGAGUAGACACUGUUCUGCUGUUCUGGAAAUCUCACACGGGGGACUUGUCCAAGAGGCCUUGGCAUCCUGAGAACCUCCAAUCUAAUUGCUAAUGGAUAUGACAGGUGUCAGUAAUCUUGUAACUUUGAUUAGGUUGUGUUUUUUUUUUUUUACGAUUGAAUGAAGAACUCAGUUGUCUCCUGGUGGACCUUGUGCUCCCAAGAUAAGGGGACAUAGAAACUUUUGACACACGAGACCUUGCUUAUUCAUUUCUCAGUCCUACCCCACCCUGUCCCAGCAACCCCUUGCACUGUAUUUCUUUUUUUUUAAUUAUUUUAUUUUAUUUGAAAUGGGAAAAGCAAAACCUGAAAGGAGCUGCAGUGCAGGCCCAAGAAAAGCUAAGCACUACAAUAAGAUGUUUAUUUUUAUACAUAUAUAUAUAUAGCAUUCUAACAAGAGGAAAAUUACCAUCCUUUGUAAAUAUAGAGAAUUUAAAAGGGGGGAAAGAUCCGCUGUGUUUUUCUGGUUAUUUUUAUUAUAAUUAUUAUUGUUGUUGUUAUUAUU